CCGGAUAUGCCAUCCCAACGCAGCUGAACUUCACCAAGAUGGACAAGGCGCCGACGAACCCCCGACGCGUCGACGUAGGCAACGACCGGUAUCCGUUCAGCAUCGUGUGGACGCCGCUACCGCUGAUUUCAUGGUUCUUCCCGUUUAUCGGACACAUGGGGAUUGCAGACUCGAACGGGAUCAUCUACGACUUUGCCGGGCCGUAUUACAUUGGCGAAGACAACUUUGCUUUUGGCCGGCCAACGCGGUACCUCCAGCUGACCCUCCCUGCUUCCGUGAGUGAAGACGCGUGGGACGAAGGAGUGCGACAGGGGUGCGACGUGUACAAGAAGCGCAUGCACAAUAUUUGCUGCGAUAACUGCCACUCGCACGUUGCGCGAUGCCUCAACUCAAUGGGGUACCCAUGCGUGUGGGGUUCCAACUGGAACAUGGUAGUCUUGUGCUUCUACUGUUUGUUCAACGGGGGCUUCGUCAACCUGCGAGGGUUUCUACUGACGUGGGGUCCGUUCUCAAUCAUUGCAGCCAUCUUGCUGUGCAGUAUUGUGUUCAAUUGAGUCGAUUUGUCCAUUUCCAAUAUCAUGACUAUCUCUGGGGAACGAAGCCCCGCGCUCUCGCUAAUUUUUCCGCCAGAAUGUCGCGCUGGGUUUGCAGGCCCGCGAUCGGUGUGAG